CUGGUGCUGGCUGGAACCAGUUUUUCUUCUUUCCUAGGUCAUAAAAAGGGAGGAAUCACAGGAGUUACAUUUCUGCUAGUCAAGACUGCAUUGGAGAGCUUGCUUCUCUUUCCACUUCACCAGGUAUCUUCCAGUCCUGCUUAGAUACAACUUAAUUUACAUUGACCUGGCCUAAGAAACUUAGGGUGGAGCAUUAACAGAUUAUAUAUUUUGUAACAACAACUGUAUUGUUACUGAACAAUGUCUUCAAUCUUAAAAGCAUUUGGGAGAGAAGAGAAAGAAAAGAAGGAUGAAAAGGACAAAGGAAAAGACCAUAAAGACCAUAAAGACCAUAAGGACCAUAAAGACCAUAAAGACGGAGAGAAAAAAGACAAGAAAAAGAAAAAGGAGAAAAAGGAGAAAAAGCAUGAUGGGCAAGAUGGUGACAGCUCCAGCAGUAGCAGCUCUGAUAGUGAUUCUGGAAAGGCUCACAGUGGUGAUAAGAAGAAAAAGGAAAAGAAAUGACUUUGAAGCAGCCUACAUCUUCCAGCGGAAUGGAAGCUCAACUAGUGAAUGGUAUUCUUUGAGCAUUUGGAGAGAAGGAAGAGCUCUGUUCAGUUCCUUUGGAAUAAAAUGUCUUUAUUUUGGUUUACAUUAACAUAA